AUGGCCGAUCCACUUAAUAUCAACGGUCGUAUUCCACCAUCACCACUGCGUCCAACGAAGCGAUUACGGGAAGAUACAGGUAUUGAAAAUGAACUUGAACACCAUGUUGCGGGUGACAGAUUGAGGGCAUCGAGUGCUGCAGGAAAUGUGGAGAGUAACGAAGAAGCUCCUUGGUAUUCCGCAAUAUCGAGUCGCUCUUAUCAUGUUCCCGUGCCACAAGAGCCUCAGCUGCCUACACCUCAGAGCUAUGGUUCCAGUAACCUCUUCCCAUUUUUUCCGGUUGCAGUAGGAUCUCCCGAAUCUCCUCUGGCUCAUGCCCAUUCCCGAACGCUCGGAGGAGUAAAUGGUGGUUCAAUGACUUCUCGCAUACAAGCACGAUAUGUCAUCGCAGCCACAGACUAUCACUCCCAGAGCCAGUCCGGUCAACGUUGUCAAGCCCUUACCAUCAAGGCCACUCUCACUUAUUGGCUAACAACGAAACUUAGCAUCAAGACGGAAUCACCGCCUCCCGUGCUAGCUCCUCCCCAUGACAUUUCGCCGUCUAAAAGCAUAUCUCCACGACCGCCGUCACCAGAAGCGCAAACGGCUGCACUUAGUCUUUCUUCUCCAUUUGUUGAGAAGGCCAGGCCGAACAUGGCGCCACCCAGCGUGAGACGUUUAGACCAUGCUGCUUUGCGUCCAUCGUCUCCCACCUCGUUGCGCUCACAGGCCCUUCUUUUGUCUUCGCCCGCUCAUAUUGAGGAGAGAGAGCCGUCGUCCGCUGAACCUACUAACUGUAGUCUACCUCCAAUAGAAGAGGUAGUUCGGCAGCCUGGUGGGGAACUAGAUCGCAUACGUAAUCACAUUCUAUCAGUCGAAGAUGCUCGUCGAGUUGAACUGGAGGGUCGUCGACCCGAAUAUUUAAAGCGUCUGCAACGGGACGACAUCGGACUCGUAGUUCCGAAAGCGGAGCAUGAACCGGUCGAGAAGGAUAGUGUCGGAAUUGCCAUCACUCCGGCGAGAGGACGGAGGAUACAACUCUUCGACUUCCAAGAGACCAGUGCAGAGAGCUUCGAGGAAAGCCUGAUGACCCACGGAUACGGAACGUACGGUGAACCUCGAACCCCUCAUAGACCUCUUAUGAGUACGGAAGGGCUCAGCAAGGAAGCGAUGGAUUGGUUGGCGUACAACACGCCUGUUGCAUUGCCGGGUGUUCCACCACCGCAUUCGGGUAGUGAGGUUGAGUUGAACGAGAAGGAACUCAAGAAGCGAAAGCGCCUUGAGGCAUUCAAGGGUUCGGCCGCUCGGGCAUAUGCAAAGCUCUACCCGGCAGAAGUGGAAGGAUUGGGACGUGUUCUAUUGAACGUACCUCCUGAAGAAGCUGAUGAACUAGCUGGACCACCUGCGAAAAAGCGCGCCACUGGGAAGAGGAAACGAGGUGGGGUGGCUGUUGAUAAGAAGGGAAAGCUGCCAGAUGGAGCUGCUCCUGUGCAAACCCAAACCACUGAACCUCGUUGGUUGGACAGAGAAAUCCCUUGGUGUCUCCGAGAGAAGGAAAGAGAGGAAGAGCAGAAAGCGCGUGAUGCUGAUAGGUUGGCAUGGAUCGAUAAGUACUUCGCUCAUGAUACAGACAGUGACGAUGAGAAGGAGUCCGACAAAAAUGAGGAGCGUGCACCUUCUCCAACUUGGGGUCAGGUGUCUGAGGACCUUCCAGAUGCACCAAAACGUGGGAGAGGUAAGGCCGUACCAUUGCAAGCCAAUCCAAAUCGUACACAUCCUGCGAUUCGGGAUGACGCGAAUCGCGAUUCCGGGAGCGUGAAGCACAAGAGUUUAUUCUUCCCAACCGAUCCUGCAGAUGCACGAAUGGCAUUGAUGUCGAAACGUUCCGUUCGGCUUCUCGCUCAGCGUAAGUUGCGGCAAAAUGGGCAACGAUCCGCAUCUCUCCGAGGUAUUGGAGAAGGUCGACUUGCUUGUGCUUGCGGCCGUGAUGACGAUGACGACGGCCGACCGGCUGUUCAGUGCGAUGAAUGUUUUAAUUGGCAUCAUCUUGAAUGUAUUGGUGUGCGAGAUGAAGCGGAACUUGGUGAAGAAGAUGACCCGUGGUUUUGCCCAGCCUGUGCCGAACAAUCGGAAGCUGCACUCUCUGCUGCUGACUGGCGCAAUCAACGUCAACCGACGUUUGUACCAACUGACGAAGUUCCUGUACAUUCCUCGACGAGGAGUGAUGUUGCAUUUUACUCGUCCUCGCCCCUGCGUGAAUGGGGCUCGUCGGGAUCCUUACAUACGCCGGUUCAGGGACAUGGACGUCUUCACGGUGUCGAGUCUUUUCGCAGGUCGGUCUGGGAUGACCCGCACACCGGUCCGGGUCCCUCAACGCCAGUGAUGAUGUUACGAGGUGUACAGGUCCGUACACCCGGAGCGAGCCAAGGCGAACGUGGGCAGCACAUUAAUGGCAUGUUCGAUUCGUUUGUUUCUCCUCGCGGUGGAUAUCCUAGGUUUACAGACUCGUUCACUACUCCGAAGAAUACUGGAUUAGGACACAUUUCUCGUGGAAGCUCGAGUUUCGGAUUGUCGGCGUGGCCGACACAUACAAGUGGGUUGUUCGCAACACCAACUCCACGUGGACGACUUGGGAGUUCUGGUUCUGGGUAUGGAGGCUUCACCUAUAGCUCGGACGACCCCAUGAACGCGUCGUUUGGUCAACAGACAAGAGUAACGGACGGGAUGUACGCGCCUGAUGAUACGCCUAUACGUCGUGCGCCGAUAAAAGAGACGAGGACGCUUGGACUUACGGCGCAUUUGUCGUCUGGGUCGUUAAUGGAUUCCCCACUCGCUGGACGCGGAGGACAGGAGGUUUUGUCGGUCCCGGAAGGGAAUCCUGAGAUCCGUCGACCUUCUGCGAAGUGA